ACUCACAUCCGGGUCUCCCCUACAUGAGCUCGCGCAUGCGCUCUCUCUCCUCCACUGUGGUUCGACCUCUGCAGUCGAGAGACCCGGGCUUCUAUCAGACUUGACCGAACCGGUUAAAACUACCUUAUAUUACAAGAUGUACGCCUGUGCAAAGUUUGUUUCCACGCCGGCCAUGGUCCGUGCUGGUUCCCGGGCUCUUUACAGACCCCUGUCUGCCUCUGUACUGUCCAGGCCUGAGGCCAAAACAGAGAGCACUGUUGCUGUGAUGCCACAGAGCCCCCUCACCCAGGUUUCCCUGAGAGGCUUUCAAACCAGCGCCGUAAGCAGGGAUAUUGACACUGCUGCCAAGUUUAUUGGUGCUGGAGCUGCCACAGUCGGAGUUGCUGGAUCCGGUGCUGGAAUUGGGACUGUGUUCGGUAGUCUGAUUAUUGGCUAUGCCAGGAACCCAUCUCUGAAGCAGCAGCUGUUCUCCUAUGCCAUCUUGGGAUUUGCCCUGUCUGAAGCUAUGGGUCUCUUCUGUUUGAUGGUCGCUUUCCUCAUCCUGUUUGCUAUGUAAAAUCAGCCCCUGCAACAAUCUCCUUCCACAGAUGUGACUACAUAUUUUAUUGUGGCUACCAAAAUUGUUCCGUGUUGGUGUCAUGGAAAUGUACAUGAUUGCAUUUGUAAACCCUAUGU